GUCAAAAGGAAGAAUAAAGACUUCCUGACUGAAAGACUGUGCAUGCGUUAAUCCGCCAUGGGCCACCUGGUAUCCAAACAGCCAGAGGUGCAGGUUCUCCUGCUGGGCCUGGAUAACGCGGGGAAAUCCACUCUCCUGUACAAACUGAAACAUGGCGCAGAUGUCACAACCGUCCCGACGAUUGGCUUCAACGUGGAAAUGCUGGAAGCCAGAAAGAACAGGAAGAGCAUCUCGGUAACGAUCUGGGACGUGGGUGGCCAGGCGCUGAUGCGCCAGCACUGGUCUGAUUUCCAGCAGAACACCGCAGCCGUCGUGUUCGUGGUGGACAGCACCGACCGGGAGCGGCUGGACGAGGCGCGCAGGGAACUGGAAAACACGCUGAGGAGCGAGCAGCUGCGGGGCCGCCCGCUCAUCCUUCUGGCAAACAAACAGGACGUGAGCGGAGCUCUGACUGUCACGGAGAUGAAAGACAGCUUCAAUUUGAGAAAGACGUGCUUCGACCGGGACUGGUUCGUCCAACCUUGCUCUGCCUCCACUGGAUUUGGAGUUCAGGAGGCCUUCAGGCGAGUGGUGCACAUGGUCAGACUCCCCUCGGAGGCGGGCGCAGUUAAAGAGAAUAUCAAAGACACAGUGCACUACCUCCGCUCGAAUAGCAGGCAAUAACUUAACCAUGACACGAUUACAAAUGCAUUUUGAAAGUCUGUUUGAAAUUAGCUAACAUUGUUGGAAUUCAAACUUCUGCUUAAAAGUUCUGUUGAUUAGUGGCCCCAGAGUGAUAAAUAGAUGACUAUAGAUCAAAACUGCCGCUUUCAUCAUUGGUACUGGUUUGUGUAUCCACAGCUAUCAUUUAGAGUCCAAAAUACAUAUUUUUCACAGUUGUGAAAUAGAAAUGUCAAAGCGAUCACAGUAUCCAGUAUCACAGACAAAAGCAAGGACGAACGCAAAGAGACUAAGAACGGGAGUAAGUCUUGCUGCAAAGUCAUCUGCACUGUUUCUCUUUAUUUCCUUGCAUGCACAAAGGAUCUAAUCUUAAUCUUCUUUUUUUGUAAAUGGCUGGUGCCAAAUGUUUUUUUUCGUUAUUGUUCAUUCCUAUUCAAUCUCCAAUAAAGAUGGGGAUAAGUAACAUAUUCACGAGUCAAAGGAA